AUGGGUAGUUUCGAUCAAAGCAAAGCCUAUGCAGCGCAAGAGGAAGAGGGUGCCUUCUUCGACGAUGGGCGAGAAAUUGAGCUCCUGCACUUCGUCUACUCGCACCCCAACAUCGAGAAGAUACGAGGAUCGCCAGAAAACGUUCUGGCUGCCAUUGACGAAUAUGGCCGCACGAAGAAGUAUCUCAUGAACGUCGGGGAGGACAAGGGCCGUAUCGUAACAGAUUUGAUUGCGGAAGUAAAGCCAAAUACCAUGGUAGAACUCGGCGGCUAUGUAGGCUACUCCUGCAUUCUCUUCGCAGAUGCAGUACGCAAAGCAGGUGGUGAGCGAUACUUCAGCUUUGAGCGUGACCCCGCUUUCGCGGCUGUCAUCAUGUCCUUGGUCGAUCUUGCAGGCCUCACCGACCUUGUCAAAGUAGUCGUAGGCUCAAGCGACGAGGGUAUCGCACGACUGGCCGCAUCAGGCCAACUCAAACACGUCGAUCUCAUGUUCCUGGACCACUACAAGCCAGCCUACACCACAGAUCUGAAGCUUUGCGAGGAACUUGGCCUGAUCACCAAGGGCUCUGUGCUGGCAGCGGACAAUGUCAUCAAGCCCGGAAACCCGCCAUACUUGAAGUAUGUCAGGUCGAGCGUUGAGGAGAAGGUCAAGGAAGCAGGAGAGGGUGGGCAGACAAACCUCAGCGGCAUUGCCGAGACGAAUGUCAAGAUGUACGAGAAGCGAUAUGGCAAGGCCAAGUUCAGCGAGAGCAAGGGCAACCCAAAUCUCAAGUAUGAGAGCAAGCUGGUAAACAGCUUUGAGCCGACUGGUGUACCUGAUGGUAUCGAGAUUACACGAUGCGUUGGUUAG